GAUCCCUUUCACAACAGUUGUAAUGGAAGUGCAGUCAGUUGGCUAGAUAAUUAGUUUAAGUUUUUAAUUUUAAUCUGCAACUUACCUUAAUUUUACGUAUUACCAUAAAUUAAUAUCGUAAAAUGAAGUCAUCUGUGGGAGCCAUUCACCAUUAAAUUCAAUUUUUUGUAAAUAGUAAAUUAACUGCUUCAAAAUAAUGUCUGAAAUAGUGAGCCACGAACUCAAUAACAAAUCAAUCUGUAAUGAUUUGAAAAUUAUCACCCAAACCAAGGUGGUCUGUAACUUCCCUCGAUAUUCCUCCUUCGAAGACAGAAUGAAAUCAUUUGAUAAAUGGCCAAAAUCUAUGAAAAUGAAACCUUCAGCUUUGAGUGAAGCAGGAUUUUUUUACUUAGGUCAUGACGAUCGUGCUGUCUGUUUCCACUGCGGAGGUGGAUUGAAUGAAUGGAAAGAAUUUGAUGAACCUUGGGUCGAACAUGCAUACUGGUUUCCCAAAUGUAAAUUUGUUUUAAACGUUAAAGGACAAGAAUUUAUCGAUAAAGCUGUUGGUAAAAAGGCAGAAAUAAUCUCUGCACAGAAUUCAGAAACAAUCGUUAGUGCGAUUGAUGAAAUUAUGGAUCUAAUUCAUUCCAAGAAAAAGAAACAGUCGAAUAGACCUGGGAAAGAAGCCAAACUCAUCGCUGCUGCAGAUUUAAAGAAAAAGGAAAUUCAAAUCGUUGAUUCGGAUUCUGAAAAAGAUAACAGCCAGAACACACAGCCGUCUUUGCUUUGUAAAAUUUGUUUUUCGGAGGAAAAAAAUAUUCUAUUCAUUCCCUGCAAACACGUCGCUGUCUGUAAACAGUGUUCUGUACCUUUAUCGACUUGUCCGAUUUGUCGAUCGAAGAUAGAAAAUACCAUGCGAAUAUAUAAUUCUUGAUUUUACCAAAUUGCUGUUUUUUUGAACCAUCAACACAGUUUUUAAUUUUUUAUAGAUAAUUUUUAUUUCAAUUUUUUUUUCUUAUUUUGACGUUAUCUGAAAAUUUAGUCAAUUUGUGAUAUUUUUUGCUUUUAAUUUCAGUAUUACAGAUUUUUAAUUGAAUUGCAAAGAUCAGAUCUCAUAGAGAGAUUUAUUAUUAUAAUGUAGGUGUUUCAGGACCAAUUUAUUUGUAAGCCUAUGACUUAGUAUUGAUUAUUCCACCACUCUGGACAGUCAAAAUACUUACUGUGUCAAUCAGGAAUAUUAUUUUUAGUUUAACUUUUAUAGACAAGAAUUACUAAAAUGUUUAUUUUAAUGCAAAGAAUGAUAAAAUAUACGUUUCUCUAGAUA